AUGGAAUAUCACUCCCAGCCCCAAACCCAGUCGUCGGGGGCAGUUGGACAACAGCAGGGCAGCCUCCGACGCCGAAAAGUUGCUGGCCACCAGGAAGACGAGCAUGGGUCCACAUAUGACGAGAAACUACAAGAUGUAAUCGAUAAAACUUCACGAUUGAAAAUCGGUAGCCGACGUGAAAAAUCAGCCACGCUUUUUUUCAAGACGAUAAGCCCUCUUAUAUUGACCGCGGUCUCGGCAUUCGUUAGGAUAUACCGGAUCGAAAACGCCAACAAAGUUAUCUGGGACGAGGCCCAUUUCGGCAAGUUUGGAUCGCAGUACAUCAAGCGGGAAUACUAUUUCGACGUGCACCCUCCCUUGGGCAAACUAUUGGUGGGCCUCUCGGGCUACUUGGCUGGCUACGACGGGACGUUUAAGUUUGACAGCGGAGAAGAGUUCCCGGAGAGCAUGAACUAUGUCUUUAUGAGGCUAUUCAACUGCUUCUUUGGAAUUUUGGUGACACCGAUAGCAUACAGGACUGCUUUUGGGAUGGGGUACGACCAGUGGACGUGCUGGCUAAUCUCGCUCAUGGUGGCGUUUGAGCAAAUCUCACUCACGUUGUCAAAGUUUGUCUUGCUUGACUCGAUGUUGAUGUUUUUCGUUGCAUUCACGUUCUUUGGCUUGCUCAACAUCCGCCAGGAGACCGUGGCCAAGACGGAAUUCUCAAGAAGCGGACUCAAGUGGUUCUUUUUGACUGGGCUACUGGUUGGGUGUGUUUGCUCAAUCAAGUGGGUGGGCUUGUUCAUCACCGCGCUUGUUGGACUAUACACUGCGCACGACUUGCUAAUGAAACUUUUUGAAGUCUUGUCGUCGAAAACGACAUGGAGACGAUAUAUACUGCAUUGGGGCUUGCGAAUACUUACGUUGAUAGUCGUGCCCACUGCGAUCUACAUGCUGGCUUUUAAAGUGCAUUUUGCGGUGUUGAACCACAGCGGUCUAGGCGACAGCUCAACGUCGUCGCUUUUGCAGGCGUCCCUCAUUGGGAACGACUUGCAUCCGGGCCCAAGGUCGGUCGCGUAUGGGUCCCGCGUCACGAUCCGGUCCCAGGGUCUAUCUCCCAACUUGUUGCACUCGCACAAUCAUAAAUACCCCGAGGGCUCGCAGGAGCAACAAGUUACCACUUAUGGCUACAAAGAUGUCAAUAACGAAUUCAUUAUUGAAAACCCCUCGCAGUUGUCCAAGUCGCCCUUUGUACAAGAAGAAAAACAGCAUGUAUAUUACAUCCAUGAUCUUUCAACAAUCACGCUCAAGCACGCGGUAACAAACUGCUCUCUAGCUGCUUACCCUAUCAAGGCCCCUUUGACUAAAAGCAGCUUUGAAGUCGCAUGCUCAAACAUCGAAGCUGGCUCCGCCACACUGGAUCAGCAUGAAUGGGUGCUAGAAGUGCGCACACAGGAAAAAUCACCUUCGCCAAAGUUCCAGAACGAGGACCCAUUCGAGGUUCAUCCGAUCUCAACCGGUUUCCGCUUGAAACACAAAAAAUUGGGCUGCUACUUGGCCUCGACGGGAAGAGAGUUCCCACCCUGGGGUUUCCGUCAGGGCGAGGUUGUUUGCAAAAACUCGAUUUUCAGCAAGGACAAGACCACCUGGUGGAACGUUGAGAACCACUUGAAUCAUGUUCUCGGCGAGCCAGACGAGGCUUAUGUCCCACCUCGGCCAAACUUUUGGAAAGAGUUUGUGGUGUUGAAUUACGGAAUGAUGGUUUCCAACAACGCAUUGAUUCCUGACCCAGACAAAUUCGACAAGCUCAGCUCCGAGUGGUGGGAAUGGCCGAUCUUGCGAACCGGGUUGAGAAUGAGCGGAUGGGGCGAUAACGAUUUCCGGUUCUUCCUUAUGGGCAACCCCUUGGUGACCUGGUUGUCGACUGCUGCACUUGUGGUUCUGGUUCCUUACUUGUUGUUUAUUUUGUUCGCUUACAAAAGACAAAAGCACCACUUGGGGGCCGGUGGCGCGAUAAAUUCAUCACAAGCGUCAAAUCUUUUUGUGAAUCAGUUGAUUUUGCCACUUGGGGGAUGGGCAUUCAACUUGAUACCGUUUAUUGCCAUGAAACGGGUAAAGUAUUUGCACCACUACGUGCCUGCAUUGUACUUUGCUAUUUUUGUUUGUGGAUACAUGGUCGACAGAAGCACCCAUAAUAGAGCCGUGCCAAAGCGGGUAUCGCAAUUGGUUUACAUGGCCUUGUAUUUCCUGAUUGUCUGGCUAUUCUGGAAAUACAAGGAUUUUGCAUCGGGGAUGGAGGAUUCAACCAAGAAUUAUUUCCAUUUGAGGCUACUAGAUACGUGGAUGAUUUGA